AUGGAAGACAGCUCCGCGGAGAAGUCGCAAGAGAUGGACGCCACGCCCACCCUGACAGGCUCUCGAGGGAAAGCUUCGACCAGAACUCAAGCUACAAAAUCGGACAAUGGCCCGGCUUCGAAAAGACGUUGUGUCAGUACGGCGUGUAUCGCCUGCCGCAGGAGGAAAUCCAAGUGCGAUGGAAAUCUACCGAGUUGCGCAGCCUGUUCCUCUGUCUAUCAUACAGCCUGCGUCUACGAUCCGAAUUCCGACCAUCGCAGGAAAGGUGUUUAUAAGAAGGAUACCGACGCGUUGAGAACGAAAAACACUACAUUGUUGACGUUAAUACAAGCCUUAUUGAACUACGAAGAAGAGGAUGCAUUCGACUUGGUUCGCCAGAUUCGGUCCUGCGAUAAUCUCGAAGAUGUCGCACAAUCGAUCCUCGGCCAAGGGAGAGGUUCCACGGCAGGCCCUGACGACACAGCAGCUAGCGGAGAUGAAGCCCUAACGCAGACUGACCAGUUCGAGUCGGAGUUAGCAGGGAAGAUGAGUGAGCUUGUUUUGGACGGCUCCCGCAAGUUCAUUGGGGGCACCUCGAACCUCAUCUUCCUGCCUCCCGGGUCGGAGCUGAAUGAAUUUAGAUCAUCUUUAGGUGCCCAGGAAUCGGAUCAGGGCCAUGGUGAUUAUUCCGUCACACGGUGGACCCGUGUUACUCAGGAUGAGAGACUGAUCAGUCAUCUCAUGACAAUGUACUUUACCUGGCAUUACCCGUUCUUCACGACCCUUUCUAAGGAUUUAUUUUAUCGGGACUAUAUACGCGGGGUGCCCAGCCAGUAUUGCUCGACUUUGCUCGUCAAUGCAAUGCUAGCUCUGGGCUGCCAUUUCAGCUCCUGGGAAGGCGCUCGGGAGGAUCCAGAGAAUUCUGCCACGGCGGGCGAUCAUUUCUUCAAAGAGGCCAAAAGGCUAUUCUUCGAGAACGAUGAACACGCGAAUGCAAAGCUAUGCACCGUACAAGCGCUGGCUCUGCUGUCGGUACGCGAGGCGGGCUGUGGCCGCGAGAGCAAGGGCUGGGUCUACAGCGGGAUGAGCUUUCGGAUGGCCUUCGAUUUGGGCCUCAACUUUGACUCGACCAGCCUCGGGGCGCGGGAUCUGGGCGAAGAAGAAGUGGAUGCACGCCGGAUAACAUUCUGGGGUUGCUUUCUGUUCGAUAAGUGCUGGUCUAAUUACCUCGGUCGCCAGCCCCAAUUGGCGGGAUCUAGCAUUAGCGUCCCGAAAGUGGAUAUAUUGCCUAACGAGGAAGCUGAAUUAUGGUCCCCAUACAUGGAUACGGGAAUCUUCCGCCUGUGCGAGAUCAAUGGCGACCUGCUUGUAUUCUUCUACGACCCGACUCCGAAGGAGAAACCCACCACUAAGCAGGCAGAACUCAAGAAACUCAGUGAUCUGCAUACAAGGCUUGAAGCCUGGAAGAAGGAUCUACCAAAGGAACUCAGACCACAAGAGGGCCAGCUUCCUCAGGCACUUCUAAUGCAUAUGUUCUACCAGCUCCUUCUCAUACACCUUUAUCGACCUUUCCUCAAAUACUCCAAAGUCAAUUCUCCACUUCCCCAACAUGUGUCUCCCCGGAAAUUGUGCACACAGGCUGCUUCUGCAAUCUCAAAGUUGCUGAGGAUGUACAAACGGACCUACGGGUUCAAGCAAAUAUGCAACAUUGCAGUCUACAUUGCCCAUACCGCGUUGACUGUACAUCUUCUCAAUCUUCCAGAGAAGAAUGCUCAGCGAGACGUCAUCCAUGGCCUGCGGCAUCUCGAAGAGAUGGGUGAGAGUUGGCUCUGCGCACGGCGCACCCUCAGGAUUCUAGAGAUUUCUGCCAACAAGUGGCAUGUCGAACUGCCGGCAGAGGCUACAGCCACUUUCGAACAAACACAUGCCAAAUGGGGAUACUGGGGCUCAUGGGAUCAAGCGAUAUCUCCUCCGCCUUCCGAGGAGUCACCGCCAGCUCCAACCAUGCAUUAUCCGGUUGCAGAUCCAAGCACGCAGCGGUCAUUGAACGUUCAGCUUGCGCAGGGCGCUACCCGGCUUCCUGAGCCUACGUAUCUCCGGCCCGUAACGAACGCCUAUAAUCAGUUCCAGCCCGUUCCGGUGGCCCAGCAGGAGGUCUGGUAUGCCCCGGACGAAGAACAGAUCCGCACAUUCACCACUGGGCAGAACAUUCCUGCAACCACGACAUCGUCUCCUGUAACACCCUUUGAUGGGCCGGAAAAUCUUGUAGAAGAGAGCCAAGACUGGUGGUCUCGUGAAUCGAGCGCCAUGACCUUCGGAAUGGACCAUUGGGUGCCAGGAUGGAACCCUGGUAUGACUGGGAGAGAACCCGACAUGCGGUUCGGAAACCAUUACGCCAACGUUGGGCAGACAUCGGGAGCCGAGAAUAGCUCUCGACCAACCCCAACGAUGAGGUUUGGGGUUGGAGCACCUCCAGGGAGUGCUAAUCCAGAGCAGCAUCCAGGAAUGUCUGGCUACAGUGGCGUGUGA